AAAUCAUAGAUCCCUAUUGCUUUGGUUUUGCGCGAUUCUUCAAGAGGCAGAUUGAGUGUCUGUAAGUCUAAAUAAAUCACUUAACGUCUUUCGAACAAAAGCAAAAUGGGAGCAGUGGAAUGGGUAGCCGAUGAGGACAAUUAUGAGUGCCCUCUCUCGAUAGAAACGCAGAAGAUGGCGAAGGAGGAGCUUAGAGAGGACAAGAACACCAGAGAUCAGGCUCUCGAGCAGAUGCGCAAUUGGAUCAAAAUGAACCCGCGUAUUCAAAAUUGCCGUCUCGAUGCGCGAUUCUUACUAAGAUUCUUGCGAAGCAAAAAAUUCAAUGUCCCAAUGGCUGAGGAAGCCACUGAAAGAUACCUCCUGCUCCGUCAGGUGUAUCAACAAGCGUUCCAUAAAUUGGACAUCACACAACCGAACAUGGAGGAGUUACUAUCAUUGGGAUAUCUCUUCGUAGCACCUGGUCGUGAUGCAAAAGGUCGCCGUGUUAUAAUCGCUAGACCAGGCGUAUUUGAUCCUCACAAAUACACGAACGUGGAUAUGUGCAAGAUCCAUGCUAUCACUUACGAGACAUUAAUGGAAGAUGAGGAGAGUCAGGUGCGUGGCUACGUACAUUUCACCGAUGGUGCUGGUGUUAGUUUUCCUCAUUUGACGCUUUUUACUCCCAAAGAAGCAGUGCGCAUCGUAAAAAAUGGCGAGCGCACCGUACCAAUGAGACAUAAAGAAGUCUAUGGAAUCAACUCCCAUCCCUCAGUAAAAUUCGCCCUGGAUUUCGGGAUGUCAUUGAUUUCUGAAAAGAUUAGAAGUCGCGUGAAGAUUUACACGAGUCUCGAGGACGCUAUUAAUCGCAAGCUCGACGUCACAAUGCUGCCUAAGGAGUACGGUGGUACUAUCCCCAUGAAAGAGAUGAUCGAUCUAUGGCGGAAAGAAUUAUUGGAAAUGAAACCAACGUUACUGAACAACGAUAAGAUGAAUGUCUGUCUUGAGCUGUAUUCGGAGAAAGCGCGAGAAGGUGCGGUCUCGGCAUUGAAGCAAGGAUUCGGCUGUUCCAGUGUGGGAUCCAAUGAUACCACGAUGUGCGGCAUAAGCGGCUCCUUUAGAAAGCUCGAAGUCGAUUAAUAGUUUCGAUAUUCUUUACUUAUAAAUACGUUUUUAUCUAGAGAUAAACAGCACGGGAUCAUGAGAUACAGAUUCAUUUUGGACACCGCACAUAUUUUUAGAUUAGUCUUGGUAGCAGAGAACGUAAUUUUAUUUUUGUAUUAUGUAGAUAAUAAUACACAAUAUAAUAUAACUGAUGUGUGUUAUUUAGAAUCGCACUGUGAACAUAUAUCGGACACUGUACAUAAUUUUCAUUAAUGUUUCAUAAUUAAUAUGACAAAAAAAUGUGGUUCUAUUUAUUCGUCUUUUGUUG